UUUUUAUAUUUUCCCCUAUCAAUUUGACCAUAUUAAGUCAAUGAAUUUGUAGUUGAAAUCGGCAUCCAAGCUGUGAAAGAUAUCACACACUUUUCCAUUCAAUUCACAGUCGCCGACGAAGAUUAGAAGAAAUAAUCGCAAGGUACUUCAAAAACCGUUUUCAUAGUUAAAUGCUGAAAUCAGUGCAUCUUAACGCGGAGUACCCAAAUCAAUGGGUUGUGAUCGGUGUCUUCGUUGCCGGAGUAUUAAUAGCCACAUACGGUGGACUUAGAUUUAUGCUUCUAUGGGUGGUGAUCUGCCUCUGCAUCGUCGCAGAUUUCAAUCGACGUCAGUUCAGAGCUACGAGCACUGCCAUAGAACAAUUUCGAGCGUCCGGAGAUGUCCAUCUCCUCAAAGAAGAUUGUGGAGCGAUGCGUGUCAAGGACAUCUCCGUAUAUGUCCAUCUCCUCAAAGAAAAUUGGAAAGCGAUGAUUGUCAAGUUGUCCCGAAGCAAGUCGGAGUCCAUCAUCUUUGAGGCGAUACAAAAAAUGGAACGUGUUAUGGUUCGUGAAAGGUUUCUUUAUGAUACUUACCGUUUGAUCUUCAAAGAGUUGAUAAAUGAGCUGAGAAUGAUGCUGGCUUUCUUGAGAGAGAAUAAUUUGGGAGACGGGAGCUUGCUAAAACAUUCGGUAGAUGACUAUGUCGAUAAAGCUCGACAUUCAGCUGAACUCGUGAGGAAAAGAGAAAUGAAAGAAUUGGAAAAUGCGCUAGGUUCGCUGAGGAUGUUAAGAAAGCGCGUGAUGGAGCUCGGAUUCGGUGAGAAGGAGAUCGGAGCGCAAAGUGUUGGAGAGGGUGCUGUCGUGGUGGGCUUGGAGAAAGACGUGAAACAGCUUUGUAAAGUGAUUCUUAUGGAGGAGCCCGGCCUCGUGACAGUCGUGUAUCAAAGGCAUGCUUGGUGUGGGAAAGACAGCUCUCGCCAGGCAAGUAUACAACCAUCCGGCUAUCGUUGAAAGAUUCAAGGACCGCCGUGCUUGGAUAACCCUUUCUAUUGGCACGGGUAAAGAUGAGUUGUUUUUGGAACUGAUGCAACAGUUGAUUCAACAUGAUGGAAAUUCCUUGCUGGUGGAGGAAACGGAAAACUGGAGACGUAUGGAGAUUAUUUACGAUCACCUGCAACGAAUUCCGUUUUUCAUAGUUCUCGACAACCUACUGCCGUGUAUGGGCUUCGAAUCCUUCUUUGUACGUCUACGACGACAAUGUUCGUCUUUAUUUCUUACUAAUAUCUCAGAAUUCAUUCUGCAUGCUUAA